AUGGUUUCUGUUAGAAGAAGAGCUGCUAAUGCUCGUGGUAAAAAAGCUACACGUCGUACUAAGGAUAAACAAAGAACUAUAAAUAUUGCAUCAAAUCCAAUUAUUGCCAAAAAUUGGGAUUAUUCAUUAACUUUAGCACAAAAUUAUAAAAAAUUAGGUUUAAAAGUUAAAUUAGGUACCCCAGCUGGUGGUCAAGAAGCUUCUCUUGAACCAAGAUUAAAACAUAAUAAUCCUGAUAAGGCUAAAAAAAGAUCUGAACCUAUUGGUGAUACUGAAGAUGAAAUACCUGAAGGUGAAGCAAAAAUUAUUAGAGAUGAAAAUGGUGAAGUUUUAAAAGUUAUUUAUGGUAAAAAGAAAGUUAGUAAUCAACCAGAAGAAGAAGAAUCCAAAACUGAAGUUGUUAAACAAUUAGAAGAAUAUGCUAAAUCAAAAGUUGCCAAAAAUGUUAGAGUACAGAGUGAAAGAGAAGAAGAUUGGUUAGAAUCAUUAUAUAAUAAACAUGGUGAUGAUUAUGCUUCAAUGAUGUGGGAUAAAAAAUUAAAUAUUUAUCAACAAAGUAGUGGUGAUUUAAGAAGAAGAAUAUUGAAAUGGAAGAAAAAAAAUGGAAUUAAUUAA